AUGAUGGACAGCGUCUCCCUUGUGACAGGCGCAAGCGGAUUUAUCGCCAGUCACGUCGUCCAACAGUUACUCGAAAGAGGGCAGAAAGUUCACGCAACGGUCCGCAGUGUCCGAAAUACGAAGAAAAUCAAACAUCUCCUAGAUAUGCAGGAGCGAUGGCCGUGCAAGCUGACCUUGUUUGAAGCGGACCUGCUUGUGCCUGGAUCCUUCGACACUGCAGUAAAAGGCUGCUCCGUGGUCUACCAUAUAGCUUCGCCUUUCUUUAUCGAGAACAAAAUCCACGAUGGCCAGAAAGAACUUGUUGAACCGGCUCUCAAAGGAACACAGCAUGUUCUUGAUGCGGUCCAGAAAUGCGAAACAGUCAAGCUUGUUGUUCUUACCUCUUCAGUUGCGGCUAUCUUUGGUGAUUAUGCAGAUGUGCGGCAAAUGAAGGACAACACGCUCUCUUCCAAUUAUUUCAAUACGACUAGCACGGUAAACCACAAUGCCUACUCCUAUUCCAAAGCAAUCGCCGAGAAAGAGGCCUGGAAGUUAUACAAGGCACAGCCAAAUCCUCCUCGAUGGAGGUUAGUGACCAUCAACCCUGGAUUUGUUCUAGGCCCAUCUUUAUCUCCAUUAUCGGAAUCUGGCAGCCUGACACUGCUAGAUCAGCUGCUUCGUGGCGAGCUAUUUUGGGGGGUACCAGACUUAUGGUUUGCAACUGUUGAUGUUAGAGAGGUUGCUUCCGCUCAUAUUCAAGCCGCUCAAAAUCCGAAUUCGCAUGGCCGCUAUAUAUUGGCAGACAGCAAAAUGCACAGUUUUGUCGAGUUUGCUCGUAUUUUAAGAGCUCUCAGCCGCUCUAGAAGAAUUCCAAACCACACGCUCCCAAGUUCCUUGGUACGAUUAUGCGGACCGCUUCUUGGUUUGAGUCGAAAAUGGCUCAGCCUGAAUCUGGGGAUCAAAUUUGACAUUGACAACAAAUCCAGCCUGGACGAGCUGAAAGUUAUCUACCGACCGUUAGAUGAGACUUUGGCAGACUAUUACCGUUCCUGGAAUUCCCGAGGCUAA